AUGAUUCGACUUACGGCCCUUCUGGACCUCGAGUACGUCGCACAUCUUCUCUUCUGGUUGAACUUCCACCCAGACGAAUGCAUCUACUUAUCCGCAAAGGGACGUGGCUUCGGCGAGCCAGACGGCGUGGCAAUUCUUCAGAUCAUCUUCCUCAAUCAAAUGUUCAUUCUUGACCCAUACAAGCAUGGCCUACGGCUAUUCCAGAUCGCGUCGACGGAAGAUCCGAUGUACACCCUUCAGCACGUACUUGAAGACCCGCGACGUUUGAAGAUUGGAUUCGAUGUUCGCAGCCUGAGCAACUACUUAUACUCAAGCUUCGGGGUGAAGAUGACGGGAAUCCUGGAUCUUCAAGUGCUCUCGAUUCUGCAACAAAGUGACAUUGAAAGCCCCUUCUUGCCGAGUCUGAGAACAGCCGUUCUCUCAACAAAGUCUGGUCCGGUCCCUAAGGCAAUCCGACAGGCGGUUUGCGAACGCACAAAGAGGUCUAAAGCUUUCGUUGAUCAGAAAGGUGGAGAUUCGACCCCUCUCUACCUACGGCCUCUGCCCAGGAAGGUGAUGCUUUACUGCGCUAACGAUGCCAUCUUGCUGCCAUAUCUCAUGAAGUCCUACCUUUCUCUUGCGCUGCCGGCACAAGAAGAGGCAUUAAAGCUCAGCAAUUCCAGACUCCUGACGUCGAGGCAAAAGGAUUUUGUCCUGAACGCACCGGAAAGGCGUCUUAAAGAUGACGGCAAGUCUCAGACCACGCUUACUGCAAGUGGCCCAUAG